GUAGAGUCAAAAAAGAACUCGCACAUAGAAAAUGCCUUGCGGAAGCUGGUAAAACUAAAGAAGAUUCAAAGAUUUGCAGCAGACAUAACACUGGAUGCAGCCACCGCUCACCCUUACCUGGCCGUGACAGAUGAUGGGAAAUGUGUGACAUAUGUGCCCGAGAGGCAGGACGUUCCCGACAAUCCUGAGCGAUUUGACACACUGGUGGGCGUGCUGGGUCGGAACCGCUUCUCUGGUGGAGAUCACUACUGGGAGGUGGGAGUGGCAGGCAAAAGCAUGUGGGCCGUCGGGCUGUGCUUGGAGUCCGUCAGGCGGAAGGGCCAGUAUACCAAGGCCUGUCCUGAAACUGGCUUCUGGAUUCUUCGCCUGCAGAACGGCGAGUGCUCAGCUUUUGCCACACCCCGCACAGUGGUUACCCGAGAACCCCUCUCACGGCUGGGGGUUUUUCUGGAGUAUGAAAAAGGGUUGAUCUCUUUCUACAAUGUCACCGAGUUUGUCAUUCUCUUCACCUUCAAGAGCAACUUCAAAAGUGAGCCACUGAGGCCUUAUUUCUACCCUGGGACUGUCAGUGCCGAAAAGACGAAUGGCCUUAGCAUCCUGAAGGUGUGAGCGGUUACCUGCAGGUCCCCACAGCACAACUACACCAGGCCACAGCGGCCAGCCACAGGGACCACGGUGGUGCACAGGCAUGCCCCUCCUGGAUUCUGAAGAGCAGGGUGCUGGCAGUGUCCUGCAUGCUCAUUCUCAGCUUUGUG